AAUACAGCGGGAAAGUUCGAGGGGUAAGGAAAAAAUAAAACCCUAAGCCGGAAGGACAGAGGGUUUGGGGAACUGCUUGCGCGGUCGAAAGCUCGGGGCUCACGGCAUGGGGAGCGGAGACGACUAUAAAUUCAUGGAGAUUAGAGAUGCCAUUGUCGCCAUAAACAUGAAGGUUAACCUUAUUGGUGUUAUCAUCGAGUUCGGUUUCCCCAGGCGAACUAAGGGCACUGAUUGCUAUUGUGCUGUAAAAAUUGUUGAUCAAUCUCAUCAAACACCUGGAAUUACUGCAAAUAUUUUUGCUGAAAGUUUGGAAAAGCUUCCCCACGUUGCUUCAGCUGGAGAUAUCAUUCAACUUUCUCAUGUUUUGAUGAAAAUUCAUCAGGGGGAAAUAUAUGCUGUCUUCAAUAAGAAGUUUUCUUCAUUUGCUUUGUAUGAAGGAAAAGAUGGAUCAGGCUUUCUACCGUAUGACGUUUCACCUAAAUUUCGACCCAGAGAUCUCGAUAAAAUGUUCAUUUUGAGUCUGAGGGAUUGGCUGGUUGGUUUUGAACUUGAUGAAGGAUCAACCAGCUUUUCAUUUGUGAGAGAUAUCAAGGAAACCGAGCAUGUUAAUUUGAUCUGCAAGAUUGUCUACAUGUGUGAGGAUGCUAAUAAUGGUACUCUGGCUUUUGUUUGGGAUGGAACUGAUGCUCAUCCAAUUAGCAUUGACACAAAGUUAACAGAUGAAAUUAGUAAUGCACAACAAUUGGGACCAUUGGUUUUGCCAAGAGAUGUCUUAUGUACGUUACCUCCAGUUGGCUCUAUCCUAAGGUUGAUCUUUGACAAAGGGAUUGAGAAGCAGAGUUUAUCCAUGCUCAACACUGGGAAAUGGAUGAAAUUUAUGAAUGUCUUAUGUGAAAUGCAAGUUGGAUCCUUCCAAAUUGUGGUGACAACAUUUUCAAAGCUUCGUUAUACAUCAAAUGAAGAUAAUAUCAUACAAUUGCGCCAAAGAUCAUAUGAGGAGCGCUUAGCAUCAAUUUUGGGCAGAGUUCCUUUCUGGAGCUUUCCUUCGCCUUUACCCACUACAGAGGUUGAUCACAAUAAUGAACCGUUUACCACACUGAUGGAUGUUUUGACAUAUUCAAAGGUAACUGCAAAAUUCAAAUGUGUUAUACGAGUUAUAGCAAUAUAUCCAUUCCAGGCCAAGGACUUCCGCUCUCCUGAAGGGACUUACAGGGUUAGGCUGAGCCUAGAAGAUCCAACUGCAAGAAUCCAUGCCUUCCUAUAUGCGGAGGAUGGAGACAAAUUCUUUGGUGACGAUCCAUCAAUUGAUGUUUUAACAAGGAAACGAAAUAAGUUACUUGGGGUUUCAGCAAGUGAGACAAAUGAAGCGAGUACAAGAAAUCCUCCAUGGGUGCAGUGCUGCCUAAAAUCUUAUUACCUUGAUAAACAAGAUGCGUGGGGAAGUAGACAGUACAGAAUAUUUGGCACUCGGCUAGUAGCAGCAGAUUAAUAGAUGGAACGGAACGCACGCCCGCCUCCCAUUUUGUUGAACUAUGCUUUCUCAUUAAACUGAUUGGAAAAGCAGCUUUCAGAUAUCUUUUGGUAGCAAGCAAGUGGAAGACAGCACUCCUAUUUUGUUGAAGAAUGCAAAGUGAUCAAACUGUGUGAAAAUAAACUUGUUUUGUAUACAUAUUAGUUGUCACUACUCUGGCGCCUGUUAUUUUGUAGCGCUGUUAGCUAAGUUGACCUUGUUAUAUUGAAAUUCCUCACGAUCAAUGAGGAACCAUGUUAAUGCAUGUGUACAUGAAAG